UUUACUGUAGAAGAUGAAAGCUCGGGCGUGGAAGUGAGGUCAGAGAGGCGGCUGUGCCUUGGGGAAGGAGGAGCUGUUCAGGCUUGGCGGUGUUAGUGCUGGCAAGAACUCCACAGAAGCUUUGGUCCCACUCUUUUCCUUGUGGAAACUGAGGCCUGCAAGUGGGUGAUUUGUGGCAGUGGCCCUGCCAGGGUCCUUAUUCCAUUCCUCUAACACAUCCAGCGCUGGUCCUGCCCUGCGUGAGGGCACAGAUCAGGUGUAGUGGCUGCUGGUUAGCUGGAAACCUCCAAGUCCCAGCCAGAACAUACCCAACGCUCAGCGGGUUUGGUCCCAGUUGGCAACGUUGGUAGCCGGGACGGAUGUGUAACGUGUGUUCCUAGGGAACGCUGGAAAUGCUGUACUUUAUUUGGGAGCAGGACAGAGCUUUGGAACUUUCAAGCUCUCUUGGCUACAGAUGGCUGGAAGCAGAGCAGCGUAGGUUCACUGUGUCCUGGUGCUCCCCCGCCCUGCAACCCAACUGGGCCAGCUUAGAAGUUCCUGCGGACAUUCAAUCACGAACAUUUGCAGAUGCUCUCCAACGCCGCAACCAUCCUAGACACGGCCCAGUGUCCUCUCAGUGGGGAUGUGCUAGGGCACAGAGAGACAGUCGGGACACGCUCUCCCAGCCUUGUGGGCGUCAGCUGGUUUGGUUCCGCCCGUAGACCUCCGUGAGGACGGCCACGCGUGGACCAGAGUCAGAGAACCACAGAGAGGCUCACUGCCCGGCGCACAGUCCUCAACGUUCAGCUGGCGCCGGCGGGAGCCAAGAGUCCAAAUUAGGCAACGCGUGGAAACAGUUCUGCGCAUGUGCAGGAGGCGCCGGAGUUUCACUUUGUAACUUUUAAGUGGUGGGGACGCCGCCCCGCCCCGCCAGGGAGAGAAGACAUAAUGACCAGCUCCCCAUUCCUGGAUCCCUGGCCAUCUAAGGCUGUAUCUAUCCGUGAGCGUCUGGGUCUUGGGGACCGUCCCAAUGACUCCUAUUGCUACAACUCAGCCAAAAACAGCACUGUGCUCCAAGGGGUCACCUUUGGAGGCAUCCCCACUGUCCUGCUCCUAGAUGUUGGUUGCUUUCUGGUUUUAAUACUGGUGUUUUCCAUCAUAAGGAGAAAAUUCUGGGAUUACGGCCGCAUAGCCCUGGUAUCAGAAGCAGGCAGUGAGGCCAGAUUCCGGAGACUGUCAUCUUCUUCCUCAGGGCAACAAGACUUUGAAAGUGAACUGGGAUGCUGCUCUUGGCUAUCGGCCAUCUUCCGCCUACAUGAUGACCAGAUCCUGGAGUGGUGUGGAGAAGAUGCCAUCCACUACCUGUCCUUCCAGAGACACAUCAUCUUUCUGCUGGUGGUGGUUAGCUUCUUGUCCCUGUGCGUCAUCUUGCCUGUCAACCUCUCAGGAGACUUGCUAGAUAAGGACCCUUACAGCUUCGGGAGGACAACAAUAGCAAACCUGCAGACAGACAAUGACCUCCUCUGGCUGCACACUGUCUUCUCCGUCAUCUACCUCUUCCUCACCGUGGGCUUUAUGUGGCACCACACACGGUCCAUCAGAUACAAAGAGGAGAGUCUGGUGAGACAGACCUUGUUCAUCACAGGACUCCCCAGAGAAGCCAGAAAGGAGACCGUGGAGAGUCACUUCCGGGAUGCGUAUCCCACAUGUGAGGUGGUGGACGUCCAGCUGUGCUACAGCGUGGCUAAGCUGAUAAACCUGUGCAAAGAGAGGAAGAAGACCGAGAAGAGCCUUACCUAUUACACAAACCUGCAGGUGAAGACAGGCCGACGGACCCUCAUCAACCCCAAGCCUUGUGGCCAGUUCUGCUGCUGUGAAGUACAAGGCUGUGAGCGGGAAGAUGCUAUUUCUUACUACACUCGAAUGAAUGACAGCCUGACCGAGAGAAUUACAGCGGAAGAGUGCCGGGUCCAGGACCAGCCCCUAGGAAUGGCCUUUGUCACCUUCCGUGAGAAGUCCAUGGCUACCUUCAUACUGAAAGACUUCAACGCCUGCAAGUGCCAGGGCCUCAGGUGUAAAGGGGAACCCCAGCCAUCCUCCUACAGCAGAGAGCUCUGCGUCUCCAAGUGGUCGGUCACCUUUGCCUCCUAUCCUGAGGACAUCUGCUGGAAGAACCUCUCCAUCCAGGGUGUGCGGUGGUGGCUCCAGUGUCUGGGCAUCAACUUCUCCCUGUUUGUGGUGCUGUUUUUCCUGACCACACCUUCCAUUAUUAUGUCUACCAUGGACAAGUUCAACGUCACCAAACCCAUCCAUGCACUGAACAACCCCGUCAUCAGCCAGUUCUUCCCCACACUCCUGCUGUGGUCCUUCUCCGCACUGCUCCCAACUAUUGUGUACUACUCCACACUGCUGGAGUCUCACUGGACAAGGUCAGGGGAAAACCGGAUCAUGGUGUCGAAGGUCUACAUAUUCUUGAUCUUCAUGGUGCUGAUUCUGCCCUCCCUCGGUCUCACCAGCUUGGAUUUCUUCUUCCGGUGGCUCUUUGACAAAACUUCCUCCGAUACCUCUAUCAGACUAGAGUGUGUCUUCCUGCCGGACCAGGGUGCCUUCUUUGUGAACUACGUCAUCGCUUCAGCCUUCAUCGGCAGCGGCAUGGAGCUGCUGCGGCUGCCCGGCCUCAUCCUCUAUACCUUCCGCAUGAUCAUGGCCAAGACGGCCGCUGACCGCAGGAAUGUUAAGCAGAACCAGGCCUUUGAAUACGAGUUUGGAGCCAUGUAUGCGUGGAUGCUGUGCGUCUUCACCGUCAUCAUGGCUUAUAGCAUCACCUGCCCCAUCAUUGUGCCCUUUGGCCUCAUCUACAUCCUGCUGAAGCACAUGGUGGACCGGCAUAACCUGUACUUUGCUUACCUCCCGGCCAAGCUGGAGAAGAGGAUCCACUUUGCUGCCGUGAACCAGGCCUUGGCUGCUCCCAUCCUCUGCCUCUUCUGGCUUUUCUUUUUCUCCUUCCUCCGUCUGGGUCUGACCGCCCCUGCCACUCUGUUCACCUUCCUGGUGGCUCUGCUCGCCAUUCUGGCCUGCCUGCUCUACACCUGCUUUGGAUGCUUCAAGCACCUCAGCCCAUGGAACUACAAGACGGAGGAACCAGUUGGUGACAAAAGAAAUGAAGCUGAGGCCCAUGCGCCCCCGCCAUUCACACCCUAUGUGCCUCGGAUUCUGAACGGUCUGACCUCAGAGAGGACAGCACUGUCCCCACAGCAGCAGCAGACCUACGGUGCCAUCCGUAACAUCAGUGGGACUCUGCCUGGACAGCUCGUGGCUCAAGAUCCUAGUGACACUGUGGCUGGUGUCUACCAGGAAUCCUAAGAAUGGGCAAACUGGAGCAAGCCGGUCUGGCAGGCUGGGCGCACCUCGGAAUACUGAGGGACACUAGGGGCUAGUGCCCCAGUCAGGCUCUUGAGGGUUUUGCUGUUUAAGGCUCCUGCCUUGUGAGAAGUGGGAACCAGCAGGUCUUGGGACUUCGGUCCUUGGCUGAGGGUAUACGGUGGGACUGCUGUCCCUAAGCGCCAUCUGUAGGUUUCUUUUCUGUUCCCAGUGUGGGGAACAUUUGCAGCUCCCUCCUGUGGUCAUCUGAGGAAAUGCACUUUUGUUCCCGCAUCCACUGCUAGGGAUGCUAUGCAGUGGGCAUGACAUCCCUGGUGGUUUGCAGCCAAGGUCACAUGUUGGAAUUUUGCCUUAGAAUGAUCAUAUCUGGAGACUACAGGUUGAUGGAGAGAUGCGUCCAGGGAAGACUUGGUCCCUCUGAGUCCUGGAGCACUGCUUAGCCUUCUGCAAGCCCUGCAGCGGUUGGGUCUGAGAUGGAGCCCACGUGACUCCAGGAUCCGUGGAUUCGCUAUAGGGUCCAGGAAUAUCUUGUUCUUGUUGAGGGCAACAGGGCAGCAGGCUACGGCCCACGGGCUUUGUAGCCGCCUCUGCACCUGCUGUGCUUCUGGGUUUUUGUAUCAUGUUCCCUGAGAUUCUGUGAUGGGGUCGGCAGACAGGGACACUAAUAAAGUACCCACUGGGCUGGCCGUGAGACCCCACCUCUCGUGCCUUUCCCAGGUUAAUGUACGGUU